AUGGAGAUCCCUGCGUCCUUCUAUCCCGGUCUGGAGCUCAGUGACUCGGAGGGGGAAGAAAGUGGAGAAGAUGCCGCUGGCGCAAAGGGUUCUGGGAAAGAGGCCUCUAAAGGAGGGAGCAGGAAAUACGUCCCGCCCCGUUUGGUGCCUGUACAUUACGAUGAAACCGAGGCCGAGAAGGAGAAGAAGAUGCUGGAACAGGCGAAGAAGCGAGCCCUCAGCAGUUCCAUCAUCCGGGAGCUGAAAGAGCAGUAUUCGGAUGCCCCCGAGGAAAUCCGUGAGGGACGCUACGCCCACGCCAACAGGCAGAGCCGGGAGGACGAACACCGGACCAGCUAUGAGGAGAGCAUGCUGAUCCGUCUCAACGUCAGCCGGAAAGAGAAGGCCCGUCGGAGGCGUGCCGGCACCCUGGCCUCCCAGCUCUCCUCCCUCACCCACUUUGGAGACAUCCGUGCGUUGACCGGGGCAGCUCCCCCAUUGGACGAGGUGAGUCCGCAGCUCUUGUGA